AUGGGGAAUACGACAGGCUCUGGCCGUCCAUCACGGCUCUCAUUUCAAGAACAAGCGCAGAUAACACGUCUUUCUUUACCGGCUCAACACAACCAGUUGACACGAAGCAACAUCGAACAGAUCAUUCCUUUAAUGCGGGACAUUACAAAUGUCUUGAAGCUUGGUGCGGUGUCUAAGAAGUGUGCCUCAUCGAUUAUCCUCUCCAAGAAAAAUCCGUUUUACUCUCCGGACACUUUAAAACAAGAAUUGAUCAUCUUCUCUGGCAUUAAAGUGGUUCAGACGUCCGUCCAACAUCUCUCAGAAGUGCCUAAUGGCAAGACAGACUAUUUCUAUAGUGUCAAAAUCAAUUACGAGAGUGAAGAAGACAUCCCCGUGAAUUGGAAUCUCUAUGGCCAAAGUGUCUUGUUAUUAGAAUUGCAAGUGUUAAAAGACGUCGAAUUUAACUUCAAACUCUUUAAAAGCCUUCAACGCGUCAAACUGAUCUUUUGGGCGACGACGUCGAAGUCUUCGAUGGAGUCGAUGGUCGAGUCCUUACUCUUCUGUGACUCGCUCAAAAGUGCCAUUCUCGAGGUCGACACGUACAUCGAAGAGUUCACCUACGCCCUCCACCAACUGACUCUGAAACGCGUUUUUGUGGUCCUCAAACUCAACACCUUCUCUGAAAUCGACUAUGUCCAACUCUUUCAAAAUACACUCGACGACGGCAGUGAGAAAAUUGAAGACAAACUCUAUCGGAAGUACUUACAUCUUUCGACACAUUCAAUCGGCUCGUUAACUCACGUUUUGACGGGGGAAGUGUGUCUGUUGCCCGAUGAAAAUGGUCUCACACUGCCAUUAUCAAGACAUGUGGAAGACAUCGAGGCGAUAGCGUGGAGGUAUUUACCUACCACUUUAAAACUCAAAGGAACAACACAAAGCGACAUUAACACCUUCAAAAGUUCCAUCAAAAGUUCGAUGAAAAGUUCGGUGAAGCGCUCCCUUGGGAAGUUCAGUGAAGAGUCCACACAAGCACUUCUCUCCUUAAAUUUGACUCAAGUGACUUCGCUGACGUCUUUGACCCUCGAAGACAUCAAAGUCUUCCAAACGCAGACGGUGUGUCUGCCAAGUUCGUUGUGUGCGUUGAAUUUCAAAGACGUUGUACUCACCGACUCGACGCAGAAGACACCGAAGAAGAAGAAUAACAACGCCGACCUCUCAAAAGUGACUUCAUUGACUGCGAUGACUAUCAUUCAGUUAUCUGGUGACAUCAAUGUGUGUCUUCCUUCGUCUCUCAAAAGGUUUGAAGGGUAUGUCCCAAGCAAUCAAAAGAUCUAUGCCAAUUUAAGUCAAGUUGAGAGUCUUAAAAUUCACGGAGAGUUAGCCGAGAGUGUUCCCGAGAGUGUGACGGAGCUGACGGUAUAUAAAAAGUGUGAGUUAACUCGGUGUACCAAGCUCCGCGAAUUGACGAUCGAACGCGCUGAAAAGUUCAGGAGUCUCCCGCGCAGUGUCACCAAACUGACAAUCAAACAAACAAAUGAGAGAGAAAUUGCGCUGAGCACUUCCAAUGUGAAAGUCUUUGUUCUUUUCGACUCGAAAGUUCAGAAAUUAGACGUGCCGGCGACUCUUCAAAGUGUUCGAACGGAUUAUAAGAUUCAAGACGUGGGGAGGUAUAAAGGGUCGAUGUUGAUUAAGUAUAAAUGA